CCCACAGCGAAUUAUUUCGUCCAGCUGCUCGCUCCUGCAAUCGAACGCAUGACCACUCAUCAUGAACAAUUAUAGAGUUUGCCAUUAAGCCACCACCUUAUUUGUUCACUCAUUGUGAACUAUUAAAAUGUUCACCAUUAACGCUGCUCUUAGAUGCUCUUACAAGAUGACGACCUCUAAUCCAAUAUAAAGACGACACGUUUACUAAUUUAGCAUCUCCAAUUUAUUUCUCCCACGAAAAAGUACACCGUAUCUUACCAUGAAACACAUCGUAUCAUAUCACACCCAAAUUAAAUAAAUAAAUAAAAAUAAAAAAAUUGAAAGAAAACGUCUCUGAGAGAAACUACCCGCCCUCCGCAAAAAAACACGAACCGUUCUUUCUCUCUCCUCAAUCCCGCUUUUACUUUCUCUCUCUAAAAUUACUCACUUUCUCUCUCUAUUUUCUCCGCCCUUCCUUUCGACAGCGAAAUCGAACUCUGAAGAAAAAACAAAAUAUUCCGCCCAAAAAAUAAAAAUAAAAAUCAAAUCGAAUCGAAACCCUAACCCUAAAUCGCAAAACUUAUCCUCUACUUCGUCUUCAUCUUCGCGUUAAAUCUCUUCCUUUGAUUUCAUUUUUUAUCUUUCUCUCUCUUCAAUUUUUGUGGAAGGAAUCUCGAUUUUUUUUUGUAUUGUUAUUGUGAAGGUGGCGAAAAAUUAGGGUUAGGGUUUGUAGAUGGAAUUUCCGAGUGGUGGUGGAAUUUGAUGACCGAUAAUAGCCGAUGUCAGGGACGCGGGAGGAUGAUGUGUAGGGGAGCCGAAGGAGGCUGUGGAACGGAGGAGAAGCCGUGCCCGGUCAGUCGGAGUUCGCCGCCGGCAAGUUCUCCGGUGCCGGCGUCGAUGACUUCGCCGGAAAAGUUUGAAGCUGUUAUUUUAGGUGUAGACUUUUAUUCGCAAGCUUUGAAAGCAUUGUCGGAGCGGUCACCGUUUGAUUCUGAUGAGGUUUUGGCUAAAACUGUUGCCACACUCCCUAGUGGGCUGGCAGGGUUGUUGUCGAAACAGUCUGAUAGUAAGAAAAAGCAUAAGCGGCCACAUUCGGAAACCAAGUCGUCGUCUCGAAAAUGGUCUACUGAGAAGUCUAAGAACUCUGCGUUGUGGACUGAGCUGGAGGAUUACUUUAGGGAGCUGACAUUGCAAGAUAUUGAGAGGUUGCAUCGAUUCUCUACUUCAUUUGAUUCAUUAUUAGAUAGUAGUAAUUCACUCUUAAAAAUUCCAGCUUUAGGAAAAGGUUUUAGGAGUAGUAGUAAUAAUAAUGAUGAUAUCAAAAAGGUAGAAAAUGGGCAUGUUGAUAUUCCUGCUGCUGCUACGAUUAAGGAGGAAGAGGAGGUGGUUUUGGAUGAUAAUGUUCCAAUGCCAGAUGCUGGAGGUUUGCAAGGUAAGGAGGAGGAUGACAAAGAUAUUGAUAAGCUGCCGGAUGUUAAAAUCGAAGAUGGAAGUAGUGAUAGUUUGAAUGUAGUUGAGAAAGGUCCAUCGCCGGUGUAUACUUUGCCGACUUGUAGCAGCAUAGAAUGGGUUUUAGGUUCUAGGAACAGGGUAUUGUUGACAACAACACGUCCUACAAAGAAAAGAAAGCUUUUGGGUUCGAAUGCAGGGUUGGAAAGACUUAUAGUUGCUCAACCUUGUCAAGGAAGCUCCAGUUUAUGCCAUGUUUGUAGUAUGGGAGACUCAGGGGACCAAUUGAACCAGUUGGCUGCUUGCAAAUCAUGUAAAGUUGUUGUCCACCAGAAGUGUUAUGGGGUGCAAGGAGAGAUUGAUGGUUCUUGGCUGUGUUCCUGGUGUAAAAACAUUGUUGAUGCUCAAGCUGGACCUGCCCCAGGAAGUGAUAGACCAUGUGUUUUUUGUCCAAAGACUGGAGGGGCUUUGAAACCUUUUCAGAAUGUAGGGAGGGGAAAUGAUGGCUCUGCUGAGUUUACUCACCUGUUUUGCAGUAUGUGGAUGCCAGAGGUUUACAUAGAUGACACCAGGCUAAUGGAGCCAGUUUUAUGUCAGGGGAUGAAGGAUGUUCGGGGGAAGUUAGUGUGUAAUUUAUGCAAAUUGAAGCUCGGUUCAUGUGUCCGAUGCAGUGAUGGAUCAUGCAGAACUGCAUUCCAUCCUCUUUGUGCUAGGGAGGCAAAACAUAAACUUGAGGUCUGGGGAAGGUUUGGUUGCGAUGAUAUUGAACUACGGGCUUUUUGUUCUAAACACUCUGGGAAUUUUAAUCCUGAUGACAGUGUUGCCUUAGAGAGUCAUGAACAGAAUCAUGCUGUUGGCAGUGAUUUACUUGGUUCCUCAAUUGAAUCAGCUUCAUUGCCGGAGAAUAAAAUAAAGAAACUCAAAAUAGGCUGUAAAAAUGGAGAUAAAGUUACUUUACAAAUCGGAGUAGCAGAUGCUGAUUCUAAUAAUUUGGGAGAAAGAGAGUGGCAGGACCAGGGACAAGAUGCAAACUCCAAUACAAAUCUUGAAUUAGGAUCAGGUGAUGGGGAGAAGUUAAGUGAUAUGGGCUUAGGAGGCGCAUGUGAGGAUGUCAAGACAUCUCGUCUUCUUGAUCUUGGCUUGGUUCUUAAGAAGCUAAUAGAUCGUAGAAAAAUUAGUAUGGAACACAUUGCUUCUCAAAUUGGCAUCUCAGAGGAUUCUUUGGCAGCAAGGCUCACUGACAAUCAGUUAAGCCCUGAAUUGUACUUCAAGCUAUUAAGGUGGCUUAAAGGUCGUUCUUACCUGGAUACUGCAGCAAAGGACUGGAGAGAGAAACUUCGCUGCUUGAUGCCAUCAGAAGCUGAGUUAAAUACGGAUGACAGGACUGAUGCUGUUACUUUGAGACACUUUGAUAUUUCAGAUGAUGUUCCUGUCAAGUCAGUUCCUCCUAGGAGGAGGACAGUUGGAAACAUCAGAAUUCUGAAUGAGGACAAAGAUGUAUCCUUGUGCAAUGAUAAAAGACUAGGGAAUGGUGCAUUAACUAAGGAGGCAACAGAACAUGAAGAUAUGAAUGAUCAUGAAAAACAGAGUAAAGAUUCAAUUUCAAAUAGCAUUGAAGAGAUUAUGGUUGUUGGUGUUGAACGUCCAACAGUAGAUGCUUCGCCUACAUCUGAUAGUACUAUAUUGAAACCAAACAGCCAUUUUGAUAUUGAUUAUAAUGGAGCAGAAGAGGGUACUUCUUCUGGAAAGAGUUCAUUGUUGGAUUUGGACCAUGAUACUCCUUCCUGCUCUUCUGUUUAUACAGUUGGCUAUUGUGAUGGAAAUAGUGAACCUGGAAUCAAUUCUUCUGUGCACCCUUACAUCCAGAAGAAAUUAGAUGAAGUGCAAAGUUGGCUUAGUCGAAGAACUCCUGAUAUUAAUGGUUGUAUAGAACUGGAGUCUUGGGCUAUGGAGCAGACUGUAAAUGCUGAAAAGAAAUUUUCAGUAUGUAAUGGCGAGGGUGAGGAAAGAGAAGUGAAGGCUGAUGAGAUGGGUGUUUCUGACCUUUCCCCUGAAAAUGAAUUGGAAGGAGAAAUAAUCUUUUUUCAACAGCAAUUGUUAUGCAAUACUGUUGCUCUGAAGUGUAAGAGUGAUCAGCUAGUUUGCAAGAUUGUCAAUAGUUUGCCAAAUGAAAUGGAUUCAGUAAGGAAGCGUAGAUGGGAUUCUGUUCAUGUUAACCAGUACAUAUAUGAGCUUAAAGAAGCAAGGAAGCAGGGUAGAAAGGAGAGAAGGCACAAGGAAGCCCAAGCUGUACUGGCUGCUGCCACUGCUGCUGCUGCUGCUUCGUCUAGAGUUUCGUCUUUGAGGAAAGACAUGGUUGAUGAAUCUUCACAGCAAGAGAAUCUAUUGAAGGUGGAAAGUGGCAUGGUUCGUGGAAGCCUAUCAUCACUGUCAGUUCCAUGCACGAAGGUGUCCAACCCUACCUUGGAUGCUCCCAAGGCAAAAUCAGACGGAUACUCUGAUGUGUUUCCGUUUGCUUCUGGGACACCAAAAGAACAUCCAAAAUCAUGUGACAUAUGCAGACGCUCUGAGAGUUUACUGAAUCCUAUAUUAGUGUGUUCUAGUUGUAAGGUUGCAGUUCAUUUAAAUUGCUACCGCAGUGUCAAGGAAUCUACCGGUCCCUGGUAUUGUGAAUUAUGUGAUGAAUCAUCUUCGUCCAAGGUUUCUAGAGCUACCGUUAAUUCUUGGGAGAAUUCAAAUCCUAUCGAAGAAUGUGGAUUAUGUGGGGCUUCAAAUGGUGCGUUUAGAAAAUCAAGCAAUGGUCAAUGGGUCCAUGCAUACUGUGCUGAGUGGGUGUUUGAUUCAACCUUCAAAAGAGGUCAGGUGUCUCCUGUUAUAGGAAUGGAAACAGUGCCGAAGGGGAAUGACAUGUGCUGUGUCUGUCAUAAGAAAUUUGGUGUCUGCAUAAAGUGCAAUUAUGGCAAUUGUCAGUCUACAUUCCACCCAUCAUGUGCCAGGUCUGCUGACUACUAUAUGUAUACCAAAUACAUUGGUGGAGGCAAGAUGCAGCAUAAAGCUUAUUGCAGUAAGCAUAGUUUGGAGCAAAGAACAAAAGCUGAAACGCAGAAGCAUGGUGCUGAAGACCUAAAAAUUGUUAAGCAACAUCGGGUUGAGCUGGAAAAGUUACGUCUCCUUUGUGAGAGGAUUGUCAAACGGGAAAAGCUGAAGCGAGAAUUGGUUAUUUGCAACCAUGACGUUUUUGCUUCGAAACAAGAUUCUUUGGUUUUCUCCAUGCUUGUACAACGUCCCUUUUCAUCUCAUGAAAGUUCCGACUCGGCUACCACAUCCCUUAAGGGGCAUGUGGAUGGUUCUAGGUCAUGCAGCGAUGCAAUGCAAAGAUCUGAUGACAUCACUGUUGAUAGUGCAUUAUCAACAAAGCGGUGUAUCAGGCUUCCGCGGUCUAUAGAUAAUGAUCAAAAAACUGAAGUUAGUUCUACAUCACGCCAUCAUGUACCAAAGCCGCCAGACAGGGGUUCAUUUGCUGGGAAGCAAAUUCCUGUUAGAGCAUCUUUGGCAAGUCGUGAUUUCUCACAAAGCAUGGAUAAUUCAUUAAAUUCCAGAAAGCACCUUGAAACAUUUGAGAAGGAGCUGGUUAUGACUUCUGACCAAGCAUCUUUGAAAAAUAGGCGGUUACCAAAGGGAUAUAUCUAUGUUCCUAUUGAUUAUCUCUCCAAUGGGAAGCCAGUCAGGCAUAAUUCUGUUGAAAGAGAAGAAGUAGAUGAUUAGAUUGGCAAGGUUUUUACUCCAUGGCUUGUGCUUCUGGGUGAAAUAUCAUGGUUUACACUGUUCUUGAUGCUCAUGUGAUUGCAUUUGUCCUAGCAUGAGCCUCAAAUUGAUGCCUGGAUGAAGGUUUGGGCUUAUCUCAUGACAUGAAGUUCUCGAUUGUUUAGAGAAAUUUUGGCAUCAUUUGUUGUAUAUUCGUUCUCAGAGCAAUUGUACAGUGGGUGAGGGUUUGAUCUUUGAUUUGUUCUAUGGGGCCGCAAGUGCUUCCUCCCUUUAUAUUUCCUGAUAGCAAGAUGCUUCUUUUGCUUUGCCUUUGUAACUGUAAGCAAGCUAGAAGGAUACACCUGCUGUUAAUGUUUUGUAAAGUUAGUGUAUAUAUCCUUACAGUGUUCCGAAGUAAUCGCUCGGACAUCAGAUCAAUACAAAAAUUAAAUUAUUUUUCUGACCA